CACGACGCUCCACGCGCAGCCAGCUGCUGGAAAACGAAGAGCAAGAUGGCGGUGGCUGUUCGAAGUUUGCAAGACCAGCUGGAAAAAGCCAAGGAAAGCUUAAAGAGCGUGGACGAAAAUAUUCGAAAACUUACCGGCAGAGAUCCGGGUGAACUGAGACCGGGUCAAAAUAGGAGGCUGACCAUCUCAGGCCCAGGUGGAGGUAGGGGGCGUGGAAUCAAUUUGCUGAGGCGUGGACUCUCAGAUAGCGGUGUAGGACCCCCAGCCAAACAGAGGGACAUCGAAGGGGCACUCUUGAGGCUGGCAGGGGAUCAGCGAGCCAGGAGAGAUUCACGCCAUGACAGCGACGCUGAGGAUGAUGACGAUGUCAAAAAACCAGCGUUGCAGUCAUCUGUGGUUGCUACCUCCAAAGAACGUACGCGCCGAGAUCUUAUUCAAGAUCAGACCAUGGACGAAAGAGGAAAGCAGAGAAACCGGCGCAUGUUUGGCCUUUUGAUGGGAACGUUACAGAAGUUUAAACAGGAGUCUACUGUGUCCACAGACCGGUUAAAAAGACGCCAAGAAAUUGAGCAGAAAUUGGAAGUGCAAGCAGAACAGGAGCGUAAAAAAGUUGAGGGUGAAAGGAAAGAGCUCUUUGAAGAAAGACGUGCCAAACAAACAGAGCUGCGACUUCUGGAGCACAAAGUGGAGCUCGCUCAACUGCAAGAAGAAUGGAAUGCACAUAAUACUAAGCUCAUCAAGUUCAUUCGCACGAAGACCAAGCCCCCGAUCUUCUACCUGCCUGGGCGAAUGUGCUCCGCUACUCAAAAGCUCCUGGAGGAGUCUCAGAAAAAAUUAAAUGGUGUGUUUGAUGAGAGACGUGAAGCCUUUGCAGAGCAACUUAACAAAAUGGAGGCUCGGCCAAGGCGUCAGUCCCAGAAGACAGGUGACAGAGAAAUGGAGGAUAGCCGUCGGGCUGAAGAGACGAAGAAAGAAGAUCCAGAGGAGGGUAAGGCUGGAGUAGGGCGGACAGGUAACAGGCAUGAUGUGGAGAUUGAGGAUGAGGAAGAUGAUUUAGUGGAGGUGGAUGCAGAGAUUAGAGAGAGGGAGGGGGAGCAAGAGCAGGCAGAGGAAAAGGAUAAACAUGAGGAGAGUGAGAGGAAAGCAGAGGAGGAAGAUGAUGAUGAGGAGGAGGAUGAUGAUGUGGGAGCGGUUGAGGUUAAGAAAGAUGAGGAAGAGCAGAUGGAGGUCACAGAAGUUGUGAGGGAGGCUGAGAAGCAGAGUAAGUUGCAGGUAGAGAGUCCAGAAGCUAUAGUUGAAGAGGUAGGUAAUGGUAGAAGGGAGGAAGAGCAGGAGACCGAGAAUGAGACUCGGCAGGACGUCGUGACGGACUCUCAGCAAACCCCCGAAAGCCACAUGGAAACACAGCCUGAGGAGUGUAAAGAGCCUCAACUGGAUGACCCAACUCCUUCCGUGACCCAAAAUGACACCAAACAAGAUGACACUGCGCCUGAGACCCAACAGCCACAGCUUGAACCUGACCCAGAAGUCUUGUCUCAAGAGCAAAGCCAAGAACCAUCAGUCCAACCGCAAGGAGCCAAAGCGGACGUGAAGGAAGCUGGCGAGGAGGCCGACGACGCUCGCGGACGGGCCAAAGUCCGAGAAAAGAAGAGUAAGAGCCGAAGUAGCAGCAGUUCUUCUUCCAGUUCCUCUUCAAGCUCCUCCAGUGGAUCCAGCUCUUCUUCUAGUGGCUCCAGCAGCAGUUCCUCUGGCUCAUCCUCGUCGUCUUCCAGUUCACGCUCCCGCAGCCGUGGCAGGGAUAGAGACGGCCGAGACCACAAACGCCGCCGGAGACCGUCGGACAGGGAGCGCAGGAAGAGCGGCAGCGAGAGGGGACACAAGUCCUCCAAAGGCAGUGGACGGGAAAGCAAGGGGUCUAAAGACAAGAACUCCAAACCUGACAGGAAGAGAAUAAGUUCAGAAGGAAGAAGGUCUUCCAGAAGUGAGAGGGAUCGGAAGUCUGAUCGAAAGGAGCGACGUUAGGAAAACGAUGCUUCCAGUUUUGCGUAAUUUCUUCAAGGCUGUCAUGUGGUUACCAUAGUUUUUAAGGUGCAGUUGCCUUAUCAUUUUUCUUGAGUGGGUUUUACAUUUGAAGUCUCCAUCUCUCCAAUGUUUUUUUUUUUCCCCUUCUAGUUUUGUCAACUGGUUAUUUCGGUGUAUCUCAGAAUUCUUAAGAUUUAUAAACUCUGCUUUUACGAGCCAUCACUUUAAAUGUAUUGGUUUCAUGCUAUAUCAGACUUUUCACAUUAUCUGACAAAAACAAUGCUUGAAAUAUGCUUCUCGUGCUGAUCCACCACGGUGUUGCCAGUUCCUGUUAUAUAGUAGUCACUGAUGUUUUCAGUUAUGUGAUGCCAUAACGCAAUUUCUUUUUAAAAAGAAAAACAUUCAAUGAAUAUGAAGCAUCCAUUCUGACAGUAUCUUAAAGUGAUUAGGUUAUUUCUUGUUGUAGCAAAAUUGUCUCUUUUUUUUGUAUAAAUCAUUCAUUAACAUGGGGAAAAACAUUAAAGAUAAUUUCUCUUUAUGA